CACAAGAUAAUGGGCUGUUGUAGCCUCGUUAGCUGUUCAGUGAGGCUAGCACAAUUAAAGCCUCAUACAUACUUCCCCUGUUUGAAGAGGGUGUUUCAGAAAAAAAUCGCAAUUUUAUAUAAUUUUGCUUAUCUUUGCAGACAAUUUUCAAUUCGGCUUUUGUCCAAGUAGGUGGACUUAAGUGACAUUUUAACUGUAAUAAUGGGUUUGUCUGUUAUUCCUGUUCUUCGAUAGAAAAAUCUUAAAUCAUUGAAUACGAGGGUGGCAACUGCUAAUAUGAAGAAACCCUACUUGGAGGAUUCAAUGUAUGCCGAAUUUAUAAGAACAUCUCCACAAUGCAAUAAAAAAUAUUCAUAUUCUACUACUGGUACAUUUCCCUUUGUGUUUAGCAGGCGAUUGUUUGGGUGUCGGAUUGUAAAGGGAGUGUGGUGUGACGUUUUCCCCAUUCAACAGAGAAUAGCAUGUAUCAGGGCUAGCAUGUUUGCGGUUCCUGAAACUGGACAGCUCCUCCCUGGACAGCAGCAGUACAUACCAUUAGCUGCAAGGACAUUCUUUGUGAUGACCGUAGGAAAUGGCAUCCUACAAUACAUCAGGUCACCAAACAACAACGGGAAGUGAAAUGUUUUGAAGUCGUUCAUAGGCACCGCUCGCCAGGCCCCGGAUUUACGACCACUAACAUUUUGUUAGAUAAUGUUAAAGAAGGUCAUGUCCCGAAUGAUCUCACUGGUUGAAGCUUUACAAUAACGUUUGUGUGAAGUAAUGAGCCUCUGGCAGCUGCUGCCAGGACCAGCAGCGGUUUAAUGUGAGCUCUGGGUUUGGGGUGCUGUCCGCAAUGCAGGUGCUGAAAUUGAAAGUGCCGUGGAAAGUAUCAAGCGUCCCCGCCGGCUAACACGUAGCUUUAUAUCCUGAUACAACUGUAGCCAAUGUUUGUAAUGCUUAAACUGAUUUAGCCUGAAUUGUCUAUCUGUUUACCCACAAUUAUUAUUAUUGUUGACGUGGUAGGCGUUAGAUGUUGAAUAGGUUGAUUAUUCCAGGGUGUGUUUUCCCCUAAAAUGCUACCAACAAAUUUAAUGAACAUAUGCGAAGAAAAGCCACAGUCCACAUAGUCAAAACCAAAGAUGAAGUAUCGACAUUUGUGUGCAAAGAAACUGAAACAGCUGAACAUUGACUGCUAAGCUCUUGUUGUAGCUGAGGAUGGUAGCUACUAGCUAGUGUUUCAUGCUGCUGCAGUUCAUUGAUUAUUUAUGUUCUUAUGUUUGGGGAAAUGCUGGUUUGUGUAUUAUGAAAAGCAAGGCAUGAAAGGUGGAAGAACACCUUAUGCUGGUUUGACAUUAAUCUCUGUCUUUUAAAACAGACAUAGCAACUGAUGUCAGGCUACAUUGUCUCUGAACAAAGAUAGAUCAACUUUAUUGUCUUUUUAAUUACCUGAAGUUCUGGACUCACUUUGUACCACUGUCACCUCCAUGAUAUGGCAUGAGCCAUGUUGUGAAGUUGGCUGAGGUGAUGUCUUUGCAACUGAAAAGCUAUUCUAGGAAAGGGAUGGGAUGAGUGAUAUGCUUGCAGCACAGGGUUUACUGGAAGGACACCACAUUACUCAUCAAUAAUAGAUUAUCUCUUCAUCCUUUAUGACACAUCACUGGCUCUAUUUGUGAUUACCAGCCAGUGUUUUGGUUAUCACAUGCCUUCCUUUUCCUGUGUAAGAAAUGAAAAAAAAAACAAACACAGACAACUUCUUUAACUGGGCAGUGUGUCCGGCAAAGUGACAUGGGAUAUAUUAUUCAUGCUAGCGAGCUGAUGAUGUAAGAGUGAGAAGCUCUGGGAUGUUUUAUUCAAGCACACUGAUGUAUGCAGGGAGAAGCUUUAUCUGCACUCAGGAGGGGUGUUUCACAGGGAUCAAUGUGCUCUCAACUCUCAGCCCAGUACAGAUGUCUGAUGGAGGGUGGAGAUGUUGGGACUGAAAGAUUGCUUCUCUCUCUCUCUCUCUCUCUCUCUCUCUGGUUUGGCUCUGAAGACAAGGACAUCCAGUGAAGGGAGGGAAGAGGAAGGUGGGGCAAGGCAGAGAAGGAAAAAGCUUGCUCAAGACUGGCCACCUCCAUGCCACACCCAGUGUCAAUGUGAUGUCUAUCAGUUGCAAGGCUGGUGUGUGUCCGAAGAUUAUCAGCCAUGGCAUCAGCAAAUGUUACCCUGGAAAAUCAGCUGCACAGUGCACAGAAAAACCUGCUGUUUCUCCAGCAGGACCAUGCCAACACGUUGAAGGGGCUACACGCUGAGAUCCGCAGAUUACAACAGCAGUGCACAGACCUGACAUAUGAGCUCACUGUGAGAAGCUCUGAUCCCUCAGACAGCAGUGAGGUCCGUUGCAGGGAGCUGCAAAGGAGGUGUGAGGAGCUUGAGGCCCAGUUGAAAAAGAAGGAGGAGGAGAACACAGAGCUGCUCAGGGACCUGGAGCAGAAAAACGCCAUGAUCUCCGUCCUGGAAAACACCAUCAAGGAGAGGGAGAAGAAGUAUUUGGAGGAGCUUAAGAUGAAGAGCCAUAAACUGGCCGUUUUGUCUGGGGAGCUCGAGCAGAGAGCAAGCACCAUUGCUUACCUUACCUCACAACUUCACGCCACUAAGAAGAAGCUGUUGGCUGGCAGCUCCUCUGAGGCCAGCCCCAACGUCAGUCCAGUCACCUCCUACAAGCCCACGCCUCCUCCAGCCAAGGACAGACAGCCUGAAACGCCACGUCGUCGCAUGAAGAAGAGCCUCUCCCAGCCUCUUCACCCGGAGUUGACAGAGGUGUACCGGCUCGGCCCAGAUGGGAGGCGGGUGGUUUUGCGGGAGACGGUCGAUGCCAUGCCUGACCCCACACCCUUCCUGCAGGCUGGGAGAGAGUCUCCUGAGCCACAGGUAGUGCGUGAACGGCCCGCCGUCAUCCCUCCCAUUGCCUCUGAGCGCUCCCCCGUUCCUCCCCUGGGUGCUACGGCCAGCCCUCGUCACAGCCCCGCUCGAGACCGUCAGUACAGGGCUCAUGUGGGUGUGGCGCACCGCAUUCCACAUGGCACCCCUCCCCUGGCCCCACCGCAAGCAGAGCUGGAGACACUGGCAGUGGACCAGGUCAAUGAGGAGAAGGUUGUGCGGAAACGCUCGGGAGCCGACAGGACAGUUUAAUACUGCAAUGCUAACAUGCACAUAAACACACACACAUAUCUACUGUAUACACACUACACUGCAGCAGCAGGAAGGAGCCUGACCCACUGUGUAACCUGCUUUUUACGCAACACUGCAAUAUAAAAGAAAUGAUAAAAUUAUCAUUUUGUUUAUGGUAUUCCAUAAAAACUUUUGUUUUUCUUAAUAUAUAGUAGAAAGGACUACUAUAAAGCAUGCCAAAUGUUUCUUAAUUACAACCCAUUGAGCUCUUGUAUUACACACAAUGAUUUUUUGCUUAGACUCUCUCACUUUAUUCUGUCUUAUGUGGUGCAUACAACAAACUCUCAGCCAAAUAUCUGCAUCAGUGCCUGCUCGACCGGUUAAACAAUACAAAAGCUGUGUAGUGUAGUCAUGGCUAAUAGUUAACUCUACAUAUCUCUGUCUGCUCCGUCUUUUCAGCAACAGUCUGGGCAAAACAACAACCUAUAUAACAAGAUGUCUGCCACUGCAUAGGAUAGAAAUGAAAUUAUUAAACUUCAUACUACCCAAAUGUCUUUCAUCUUCUUGUGAUAUCAGUAUAAUAACGUUACUGUAUGUGCGAUCCGCAUUAUGUGCAAUUGAAAUUUGCUGGUCGUCAAGGUGAAAGACCUGUAAUUCCACCUUGCUUCUGUUGACUGGCGCAAACAGCAGCGGUGUACAUGUUUGGAUGCAGUAUGAAAUGAUGGUGAACAGUGCGUAUGUUUGUGUGUGUGUGAGAAUGUGUAAGAGAGAGAGCAUGUGUGUGUCAGAGAGAGAAGGCCAUUGAGAGAAUUAAGUUUUGGCUUAAACAAUAUCUACUGAUGUUAUUUGUGAUACAAGGGCAUUUUUGAAAACACUGCUGUAAUAGGAUUUUGUGAUAUUAUUAACUGUACUUUAUAAAGGCUGUACAUUUGUAAUGAAUUCUUUUUUAAUUUAUUGUUUAUUAGAGAACACAAGAGCACCUCAUAUUUACAGUAGCUACUGCACCACCCACACGACGGUAAUUAUUAUAAUCACUUAAUAUUCUGCUUUUCACAUUAAUACCACUUGUCCUUGAAGUAUAUCGAUCAAUACAAUAAAGCAAAAAUUUUUUGGUUUGGUUACCUGGUUUCUGUGUAAACUGAGGGGUGAAACUUUUCACAAUUAUCAGGAAAAGACUACAUGAAGUGUCUCAGCAAGGUUUUUAGUCAUUACAAGCCUCCUGAACAACUUCAGUUCUCCGUGGCUUGACUUUUUACCCCGAGUCUGUGGAAGUCUACUGAAGAGAUGAGCAACAUUCCUCCAAAAGAUAUUCCCUCGUGUAAUGUCUCAGUGAUGUUUGUUAGAGCACAAGAGUCUAAGACUUCUGUUCAAAAUCACCCAUAGCUGUUCAGUUUGGUUGAGAUCGGGGCGCUGUAAAAGCAUAUGAUUCACACGGUUUUCAUACUCAUCAGAUCAUUCAAUGCCUCCUCUGUAACAAAUGCUGCAAUUAGUUACUGAUACGAGGGUGUGAUAAGAACAGUAAUGACAUUAUAUGUGAAAGCCAAGUCCUGCUGACCACUGAGCUGCUCGGCUGGAUGAGGUGGAGGUGAAGUGUUUCACUAAAGUGCACUUCAGAACUGCUUAUCAAGAAAGGGAAUUGUGACCAUUCAGUAUCAUAUUAAUAACAUUACAGUGUCUCUUGGCAACAACGUCAGUUCCAACUCUCUGAUGGGUCUACUGUUACUGAAAAGGCACAUUAUGGUUGUUUAUAUGUGUGUAGGUCAACCGGUGUGUCUUUCUUGUAAAAAAGAGUCAAAGCUGAGUGAUGGAAGCCUCACAAGCACUACAAUUUAAUUCAAUAUUUUAGUGAUUCAUUAUGAAGUCUGUGGAUUCCUUUUCCUGAACUGAUAAUAAACUGCUCAAAUACUGA